GAAGAAAAACCCCCCAACAGAAGAGAGAGAGAGAGGGUAGAUAUAGAGAGAGAAAGAUUAGAGAGAGAGAAAGGGUGGAGAGAGGUAGAGAGAGAAGAUUGUCCUUUACAGACUGUAGUUACUCAUACCAACCAACCAACACUCUCCACCUGACCUUAAUCCGGCAUUUUCAUCCUCACUCUCUCUCUCUACUCUCUCUACACUCUUGUCUCCUCUCUCUCUCUCUCUCUCUCUUCUUUCUCUCUCUUUCUCUCCUGCCUGCGCAGACCCAUUUGGCGAAUUCGUCUCCCGAUGCUCGGCCAUGGCGGAUUCCUGAUAAAGUUCCGAUUUUGAUCGGGGAAGAAACCCUGACCCCCCGAAUCUCCGCCGCAAUCUCGCCGCCCCCGGCUCGCAUUCUGGAGAUUUCAGUCUAGGGUUUUCGUGGGCAGCUCCCCAAAUGCGGCGUCGCUAAGGGUUUCCUGCGGUUCCAAGGCCCCCUCCCCCGGCUCUCCUCCUCCUCCUCCUCCUCCAAAUGAGUCUCUCCCUCUCCCUGUGCGCGCUGCUCGUCGUCUCCGCCCUGGUGGGCUGCGCCGGAUCCGGGCCCGACGCCGCAUUCCUGUUGGAGUUCAAGAAGGGGAUCCAGGGCGACCCGCUCGGGAAGGUGCUCGGGUCAUGGACCCAGUCCGGGUCGGACCAGUGCCCCAGCUCGUGGACCGGGGUCACCUGCGACAGCUCCGGCGCCCACGUCACCGGCAUAGUCCUCGACCGCCUCGGGCUCUCCGGGGAGAUCAAGUUCCACACUCUGUUUGGCCUGCCGAUGCUGCAGAACCUCAGUCUCUCCGGGAACAACUUCACGGGUCGGAUCGCGCCCGCAUUGGGGUCCAUGGCCACGCUCCAGCAUUUGGAUCUGUCCAGCAACAGCUUCUAUGGCCCGAUCCCUGUGAGAAUCACGGAUUUGUACAAUUUGAACUACCUGAAUUUAUCAAUGAACAGGUUCUCAGGGGGGUUUCCUUUUGGGAUUCGGAACUUGCAGCAGAUGAAGUACUUCGAUUUGCACGGGAAUGGUGACCUUCAUGGUGAAAUUGGUGAGUUGUUGACUGAGUUGAGGAAUGUGGAGUAUGUGGAUUUGAGUGGCAAUAAGUUCUAUGGGAGUAUCUCAAUCGGAGUUCAGAAUGUUUCUGCCUUGGCGAAUACAGUGCAUUUUCUGAAUUUGAGCCAUAAUGCCUUAAAUGGUGGGUUCUUCGAUGCUGAUUCGAUCAGAUUGUUUAGAAACUUGGAGGUUUUGGAUAUGGGCAACAAUACGAUUACAGGGCAGCUGCCGUCGUUUGGUGCAUUACCCAAUUUGCGGGUUGUACGAUUGGCAAGUAAUCAGCUGUUUGGGUCAUUGCCAAAUGAGUUGUAGUCAGUGAUUCCACUGGAGGAACUGGAUCUCAGUGGAAACGGUUUCACAGGUUCGAUUCCAGAGAUUAAUUCUACCACACUGAGGACUUUGAAUCUUUCAUCAAAUCAUUUAUCUGGUUCCUUGCCUGGUCUACCGAAAACCUGUACGACGGUGGAUUUGAGCAGCAAUAUGAUCUCUAGUGACAUAUCUACACUUCAGAACUGGCAAGCACCAUUGGAAUUUCUAGAUCUGAGUUCAAACAAUCUGUCAGGAACCUUUCCCAAUCUGAGCUCUCAAUUUGAGAGCUUAAUUACUCUGAAACUUUGGAAUAAUUCCCUAGUAGGUUUCUUACCUCCUUUAUCAGGCAGCUACCAGAAAUUGUCUGCUGUAGACCUUAGCUUGAAUAAAUUUAAUGGGUCAAUUCCUUCUGGGUUCUUUAUGUCCACUUUGACCUUCUUAAAUCUAUCCGGCAAUAAUUUGACUGGGCCAAUUCCUCUUCAAAGUUCACACGUGAGUGAAUUGCUAGCUAUGCCUUCUUCCCAACAGAUGGAGUAUCUUGAUCUUUCUGGAAAUUCCUUGAGUGGUUCACUGCCUGCAGAGAUAGGGAACAUGGGGAGGCUCAAAUUGCUGAGUCUUGCAAGGAAUGGAUUGUCAGGUCAACUGCCUGGUGAGUUGAGCAAACUUACUCGUUUGGAGUACCUUGAUUUGUCAAGCAACAAAUUUUCUGGUGAAAUUCCUGCGAAUCUUCCACCCAGCCUUGUUGUAUUUAAUGUGUCACAUAAUGAGCUGUCGGGGAAAGUCCCUGAAAACUUGCACAGAUUUCCCAGGUCGUCAUUUGAGCCUGGAAAUCCUUUGCUGAACUUGGGAAAGCAUUUCCCAUCAGCAAAUUCCAAUGGACAAAAUAACAAUUCGGACAAACAUGGAAGCUCCAAAAGUAAUAUAAGAGUAGCAAUCAUUGUUGCCUCAGUCGGGGCUGCAAUGAUGAUUAUUUUCGUUUUAUGGGCAUAUCGUCGAGCACAGCACAAAGAAUUUCAUGGGAGAAGUGGGUUCGGUGGCCAAAGUUCAGGAAGAGAUGUAAAGCUUGAAAGAUUUGCACGUCCUUCUCUAUUUAAAUUCCACUCAAGUGGUCAACCUCCACCUACUUCAUUGAGCUUCUCGAAUGACCACUUGCUAACUUCAAAUUCUAGAUCAUUGUCGGGGCAAGCAGAGUUGAUAACUGAAAUUGCAGAGAAUAUUGCACCUGAGGGGGGGGCAGUUACUUCAUCUUCUGCUGUCCCUAAUUUAAUUGAUAUUCAGCCUACAACAUCAGGAAGGAAAUCUUCGCCAGGAUCACCUUUAUCUACCUCCCCGAUUUAUUGAGGUUAUGAACAGCCUGUGAGGCUGGAUGUUUACUCACCUGAUCGACUGGCUGGAGAGUUGUUCUUCUUGGACCCUUCUCUAGCUUUUACUGCAGAAGAGUUGUCACGAGCUCCAGCAGAAGUUCUUGGCAGAAGCAGUCAUGGUACUCUCUACAAGGCUACUCUUGAUAAUGGUCAUAUGUUAAAUGUGAAGUGGUUGAGAGUGGGACUAGUUAAACAUAAGAAAGAGUUUGCUAAGGAAGUAAAAAAGAUUGGCUCCAUGAGGCAUCCCAACAUUGUUUCAAUGCGAGCAUAUUAUUGGGGACCUAGAGAGCAAGAGAGGCUCCUUUUAGCUGACUACAUCCAGGGAGAUAGCUUGGCAUUGCAUCUUUAUGAGACAACGCCCAGGAGGUACUCCCCAUUGUCGUUCAGCCAAAGGCUAAAAGUUGCCAUUGAUGUUGCUCGAUGUCUCACAUACCUUCACGACAAGGGUCUUCCUCAUGGAAACUUAAAGCCAACAAACAUACUCUUGAUGGGCCCCGAGUACAAUGUUCUCCUCUCAGAUUACGGUCUCCACCGCUUGAUGACGCCUGCUGGGAUUGCAGAGCAGAUAUUGAAUCUCGGCGCAUUGGGGUACCGUGCUCCUGAGCUCACUACUGCAGCUAAACCACUGCCAUCAUAUAAGGCUGAUGUUUAUGCGUUUGGAGUAAUUAUGAUGGAAUUAUUGACUCGGAGAAGCGCGGGAGACAUUAUUUCAGGGCAAUCUGGAGCCGUUGAUUUGACGGAUUGGGUUCGCCUUUGCGAUCAAGAAGGGCGAGGAAUGGACUGUAUUGAUCGGGACAUUGCCGGCGGAGAAGAACACUCUGCAGCGAUGGAUGAGAUGCUUGCGAUUUCGCUCAGGUGUAUUAAUUCUGUAAAUGAAAGGCCUAAUAGUAGACAAGUCUUUGACGAGCUGUGUGCAAUCUCUCUCUGAAAAGUGUACAUUGUGUGUUGGAAGUUUAGGUUUUUAUUCUGCCUUUUUUUUUCUUCUUUUUACUUGACCCAAUUGUUUUGUUCCUUAUUUUUCCCUCUUAAUUGGUUUCCAGCCUUGUUAUUUUUGGCUAAUUAUUACAUCUUCCUUUUACGGAAAGCUCUUUGUAAAGGGAUGAUUCAUCCAUUGAUUUAUUGAAGUGUUCAAGUUUGAUCUUAAUGGCA